UGACUUGUUAGCUCUGGCUGACAUCACCAGGCAGGGGAGGGGCCUGCCUGAUGGUUAUUGUUACUAUACAUCACUUCCUAGCUGCUGCCAUCCGACAGUUACAUCGCACAGCAGCCGCUAUAGGUGCAAAGUGGGUCUCGCGCUCUCUGUGUGUGUUUGGUGUUUCCUGCUGCUGUUGCUCCACGAAUUCUCCUUGGGGAGCCGGGGGAAGGGAUUCAGGCUGGAGCUGCCUUUUUCAUGGCUUUUCUUCCCCACGAUGAGCUCCAGAGCUCUGCCACCAAGAGACUCUACACGAGCCAGGAAGUACAUCAGGUGCUGCUUGGAGAGGAAGAGAAGCAACACAACUUUGCUGUGCAGUGGAAUGAGGAGCUGGUCAUACUGGCAGAUGGUGAGAGCAGGCAUCAGGUUUAAUACAAACAAGGGGAAGUACUUUUUCCACACAAUGGCAAGUUAAACUGUGGAACUCACUGCCGUGGGAUGUUGAUGGCCAAAAGUGUAACUGGGUUCGGUGAAGAAUGAGAUAAAGGAUAGGUCCAUCAAUGGCUAUUAGCCAAGAUGGUCCGAGAUACAACCCCAUGCCCGAGGCCACCCUAAACUUCUGACUGUCGGGAAGGGAAGACGAGCGGAUCACUCCAACUGCCCUAUGAAAGGGGAAAUCAGCUGCUUCUCCAGUUCAUGUGUCUAACAACCCUUGAUCAGGAUGGAGGCCUCCUGCCUCGAACUAGCCCUCGAAGGAGAGCGACUGUGCAAAGCUGGGGACUUCAAAGCUGGAGCAGCCUUCUUUGAAGCAGCGGUGCAGGUGGGGACAGAGGAUCUGAAGACUCUUAGCGCUAUCUACAGCCAGCUGGGUAAUGCCUACUUCUACCUAAAGGAGUAUUCCAAGGCCCUAGAAUACCAUAAGCAUGACCUCACUCUAGCCAGAACCAUUGGGGACCGUAUCGGAGAAGCCAAGGCCAGUGGCAACCUUGGGAAUACAUUGAAAAUACUUGGGCAGUUUGAUGAAGCCAUCGUUUGUUGCCAGAGACACUUGGAGAUUUCUCAGGAGCAGGGAGACAAGGUAGGUGAGGCUAGAGCGCUGUAUAACAUUGGCAAUGUUUACCAUGCAAAGGGAAAGCAGUUGUCUUGGAGCAUGGCCCAAGACCCAGGUUCCCUGCCUCCAGAAGUCAAGGAGACGCUGCAGAGAGCUUCGGAAUACUAUGAGAGGAAUCUGUCUCUGGUGAAGGAGCUUGGGGACAGAGCUGCUCAGGGUCGAGCCUAUGGGAACCUUGGCAAUACCCAGUACUUGCUCGGGAACUUCAACGAAGCCACAGCUUUCCACAAAGAGCGACUCGCCAUCGCCAAGGAGUUUGGGGACAAAGCGGCCGAGAGGAGAGCGUACAGCAACCUGGGCAAUGCGCACAUCUUCCUCGGCAGGUUUGACAUCUCGGCGGAGUACUACAAGAAAACACUUCAACUCUCCAGACAACUGAAAGACCAAGCAGUAGAAGCUCAGGCUUGCUACAGCCUCGGAAACACUUACACGUUGCUCCAAGACUACGAGCGAGCCAUCGACUACCAUCUAAAGCACCUGCUGAUAGCGCAGGAAUUGGGGGACAGAGUGGGAGAAGGAAGAGCCUGCUGGAGUCUAGGAAAUGCCUAUGUCUCUCUUGGGAACCAUGACCAAGCCCUGCGCUUUGCAAGGAAACAUCUUGAAAUCUCCCAAGAGAUCGGGGAUUGGAAUGGGGAGCUGACGGCUCGAAUGAACGUGGCCCAGCUGAAGUCAGCCCUUGGCGAUGAGGAUGGGGAUGCAACCCAUCAUUCCACCGGCUACGAAGCGCAAGGAGCCAGGCCUAAGAGAAGCCAAAGGAACAGCAUGGACAGUUUAGACCCCUUGAAGUUCUCCUCCGAAAAGGAGCAGAAUGGGGAUAGUCACCACAUGGGAAAUCUGAAGAUCACGGGAAAGGACUUCUUGUCUCUGCCUGUGAGAUCCAAGAAAUACCAGGAGAUCCAGUCCGGUUCAGAGAGGAAAUUCCAGGAUUCCAAUACGUCACCAUUGGAUGCCAGUGAUGUCCGACUCCAGGUGUCUCAAUCGAAAAUCAACCGGGCCCCUUCAGACGAGGAAUGCUUCUUUGACCUGCUGAGCAAGUUCCAGAGCAGCCGAAUGGAUGACCAGCGCUGCCCGCUAGAAGAAUGCCAGACAGAGGCUGCAGAGGCUGCUGCCACCUCCGUGCCUGCCCUGGAAGAAAGAAUAUCUCAGUCCUCGUUAAUAGCAUCUCCGCAGACAGAGGAGUUCUUUGAUCUCAUCGCCAGCUCCCAGAGCAGGCGGCUGGAUGACCAGCGUGCCAGUGUGGGCAGCCUGCCCGGCCUCCGCAUCACUCACAACAACCUGGGGCACCUGCGCAUGGAGGGGGAUGCCCAGGAGCCAGGGGACGAGUUCUUCAACAUGCUCAUGAAGUGCCAGUCAUCCCGGAUAGACGACCAGCGCUGCGCUCCGCCAGACACCGUCCCCCGUGGCCCCACCAUGCCCGAUGAAGACUUCUUCAGCCUCAUCCAGCGCGUCCAGGCCAAGCGUAUGGACGAGCAGAGGGUGGAUCUGGCUUCGGCCCAGGAGGAGCAGCAGCAGAGGAGACCCAGCUCCAGCUAAGAAUUGGGGGGGGUUGCUUUGAGGAAAGUAUCGUCUGUUUAAAAACUGAGCCCAGCUGCUCCGUGGCUGACGUUCCAGGGGAGGAGCAGCCCUGCCCAGCGAAGGGGGGUGGGUGUAGAGAGGGAGGGGGCGUCUCCUGCCACUUUGGGGGUUUUGUCUUUCCUUGGAGUAGGGGCUGGGCAGGUUCACAAGCUGGGGACAGUUUUUCUAUAUGGCUUUUUAUAGGCAACCAAGGACUGUUCUACAGCUGAGCAAGGCUCGGAGGAACUGUUCACGCACAGCUGGGGGCUGGGCCCAAAGUGCCAGGUACAUAGACUGAGACAACUGGGGACCUGGCUGCUGCAGCCCCCCUGCCAACGGUGCCUGGGAGCGUCGGCACCUCCCUGCCGAGCUCUGUGGGGAAGGGGUGUCCAGCUGGGCUGGGGCCUUUUGCCAGAGGCAGGGGGUGCAACCGUGGAGAAGCUGGAAGCGGCCAGCAGUUCGAGUGCUGCAGCGAC